UUUUUUUUGUAGUUAUCACAUCAAUCGAAGGCAAUCCCCAAUUGCCUAGACAUCAGGGCCAGAUUAACAUUAACCGUGAACGUUGGCGGUACGUCGAUACAGACACUCUUCGCGCGUGACUCAUGUUUUUGGUAUGAGUCAUGGAGAGACGAAGAAAAAUGUCAAUUCAUACGAUAUUUCGCAACUCCAGCAGAAACCUAGAUAAUUCGUUGCAAAAACAAACGGUCAGACGACAGGCUCACAAAACCGAGCGAUGAUCAAUGGUGUUUGUAACGUAAUUAGUGCGAAAUCGAGACAUAAUAUUAUUAGUCCGCCAAUGAUUUUCACGACACACCUAUGAAGGCUACGUUUUAGUGCACAAAAUGCUACAAUUACAUUCCAAUGGUUCUAUAAAUAAUGGAUAUACCAAUUGCAUUGCUAGAGCCAUGUAUGAUAAUAUUGCUGAAGCACCAGAUGAAUUAGCAUUUAGAAAAGAUGAUAUAUUAACAGUUUUAGAACAGAAUACUGCUGGUCUUGAAGGAUGGUGGUUAUGUUCAUUACGAGGCCGUCAAGGAAUAUGCCCUGGAAAUCGUUUAAGACUGAUUCCAGGUGUCUAUGAAGUGACUGAAUCCCAAAUAAUAUCAAAUUGUGCUCAAGACCAAAAUAAUAUCAACCAUGAUAAUAAACAUCAAAGUUGGCAUGCAAAUCUAAAUAAAGUGACGUCACAGCAAAAAUUGGGUGACCUCCUUACGUAUGAUACACCUCAAAAAAUAGUUGAUACUAAUGGGUAUAAUAUUCCACCCACUAAUCACACAUUAGAUCGUAUAACUAGUGAUUCUAUAAAACGACCACAUAGUGUUGGGAGCAGUAGUGGCUGUUGUAGUGACAGCUAUGAUCCUUUACCAAACCAACAUCCUCCUAUUUCAAAAGAAAGCUAUGAUAUACCUAGACCACUGAAUAUACAAGUCACUCCAAGUAGUUCAAUCAGUUCAUUAUCAACUGGUGGUAUUUGUAGUAGUGCAAGUGGAAGUGAAUCUAAUCGGUCUAGUAUUGCUCCGGAUUAUGAUGUUCCUAAAAACCGAAUUUUAGCUUCUUUUCCCUCUGAAUUUCAGAAUUUAUCUAUAAAUUGUCAAGAUUAUGAUGUUCCAUCAAGUAGUUUGCAACCUAAAGAACUACCUCUUGACUUAAAUAAUGCACUAGAACAAUUAGAUAAAUUAACAUCAGAGGUAUCUUUGAAUACAACGCGACUUUUAAAUUUUGUUGGACCUAAUUGGAGAAAUAUCAGAAAUUUAGAAGCCAACAUUUCGGACAUAAAAAUUAUUUCCUUACGACUUAAAAGUAGUUUGCACCAAUUUAUUGAAUUUUCAGAAGGUUGUCUAGGAAAUGCUGUAAAUGCUCGUGAUAAAGGGAUCUCAACUAAACUUCAUCCUUUAGUUUUCAAUUUAGUUAAAAUUAAUAAAAUAAUAUAUUAUUCAACGAAUACUUUGGAUUGUCUUGGUUGGAAACCAGAUAUUUUAAACAGAGAUUCAAAUAUUGAAUGUGAAUAUACUGAAGAUGCAUUAGAUAAGUUAAUUUCCUGUGCUAAAUUAUUGACUGAUGAUAUACGUCAAAUCACAUCUUUUAUUAAGGGAAAUUCUACGCUUUUGUUUAAAAAAAUAAUAUGUACUGAAAAUGAAGAUGAUGAUUAUGAAUAUAUAGCUAAUGAUAAUGGAAUUAAGCCUAAUAUAAGUAAUGCAUCGAGUACAAUUUCAAUUAAAACAAAUAGUUCUUCUGGUAUUACUAGUAAAGAUAAAAAAGUAUUCAAUUUCUAUAGUCAUCAAAUUGUUAGUCAAUCAGAUUUGUUAGCUAGUCACAUAACCAAGUUCUUACAAAUAGUUGAAGAAAACCAUCCACCACCAGUAUUUAUUUUAAAACUCAAGUUUAUAAUAUUAAUUGCACAUCAAUUAGUUGUUGUUGGUGAUACAAUAUGUCGUAAUGUAGAAGAAUCAAUUGCAAAAAAUCAUAUAGAGCAAUGUUCCAGUGCUUUAUCUGCAGGUAUUUCAACAGUUGUUCAAAAAUCUAAAAGAGCUGCUCAGUUAUUCCCUAGUGUAACUGCUGUACAAGAAAUGGCAGAUGCUGUUAUUGAAAUCUCUCAUAUUGUGAAUGAUCUUAAAGUAUCAGUAUUAAAAACAAAUUAAACUGAAUAUAUAUUAUAUUUGGUUUGUAUUAUUUAGUAUGGUGUCUUACGCUGAAA